AUUUUAUUUCCAGUCAAAAUAUGCAAGUCGAUUUAUUUUGGAUCCUAACACAAAACAUGCAAGUCAAUUUAUUUUGUUCCAUUUAGCUUACAUAAGAAGUAAAAAGCUGAUUCAUAAAACAGCCACCUCAAUUAGAGGGGAAAAAAACAGAUGUUAACUUUGAGUAAAGACCAGCGCUGGCUUUUAUGCAAACGAACUUGUGCUUUAAUUUGCACAAGCAGCGCUGGGUAUUACAAAGGAAGGUGUUGUCAUUAAACAGCCGAGUGAAGGAGGUGACGAAUGUCAGCUUGAGUCGCAGAUGGACGCGCCAGCCACGGGCAGCUGGCUGAAAUGAGCUCUUUACAUAUUGCCUUCCUAGUAUUUAUCCCUUGCACAGCUGCUGCGGCAGCAUCAGCAACGACGGCGAGGCCAUCUGCAGUCCAAGCGGCGGCUUCGGGCUUUCUAAAGCAGGCACGCGCAAAAUGACCCCGGCUCUGCACGGCGACUUCGCCUGCCUCUGAGCAGCCCGGUGCCCUGAACGUUACGCAGCGCGCCUCGCCCACUUUUCAUGCACUUUGGCUGAGUUGUUGCUGGGGGGAAGCGAGAAGCUGGGAAGGAGAGUAUAAAUUCCAGACGGGCUCUUUUGCCCGCGGUGGGGAGGAGUGCGGAGAAAACGCUCCAGCGGACCGGCUGCCUGGCUGGCCUGGAGCAAAGCGUGGCCUCAAGGAGUCGCGGGGAGCGAUAAGGAUCAGGCGUGACGUCAAGGAGGAGUCUGUCUAAGCCAUUUCUCAAGGGGAGAUAAACCAUGGCUUGGAAUGAAUUCAGUGUCCUCAGCUGGCUCAGAGAGAGUCGGCAAUCCCGGAAACUAAUCUUAUUGAUUGUCUUCAUUGCGUUGCUCUUGGACAACAUGUUGCUUACUGUAGUUGUGCCAAUUAUUCCCAGUUACUUGUAUGGCAUUGAACACCAGAAAAAUGCAACCGAAGUCCAAACCAUUGGGCCAGAGACAGCUUCAUUGAAGUUGGACAGUUUUCAAAGUAUUUUCUCCUACUAUGACAACUCUACAAUGGUUACUGGAAAUCAUUCUGAAGGCACAAGACCGGGAGAUUUUUAUCAUGCUCAGACACAGCAAAUGGCAGUAAAUAUGACUAAAGCAUCCUCUGACUGCCCCAAGGAAGACAAAGACCUGCUGAAUGAAAAUGUUCAAGUCGGAUUGUUGUUUGCCUCCAAAGCAAUAGUGCAGCUCAUUGCUAACCCUUUCAUAGGCCCAAUGACAAAUAGAAUAGGCUAUCAGAUUCCCAUGUUUGCUGGCUUCUGCAUCAUGUUUGUCUCAACAAUUAUAUUUGCCUUUUCAGAAAGCUACAAGUUACUGUUUAUAGCAAGAUCACUUCAAGGAAUAGGUUCCUCUUGUUCUUCAGUUGCUGGGAUGGGUAUGCUGGCCAGUGUGUAUACUGACGAUGAAGAAAGAGGCAAUGCAAUGGGAAUUGCCUUAGGAGGAAUGGCUAUGGGAGUAUUAGUGGGCCCACCUUUUGGAAGUGUGAUGUAUGAAUUUGUUGGGAAAGCAGCACCUUUCCUGGUAUUAGCAGCAUUAGCUCUUUUUGAUGGAGCCAUACAGUUGUUCAUUCUACAGCCAUCCAGGAUACAACCAGAAAGCCAAAAAGGAGCAUCACUACUGACACUCUUGAGGGAUCCAUACAUUAUUAUUGCUGCAGGAUCAAUAUGUUUUUCAAAUAUGGCUAUUGCUAUGCUGGAACCAGCAUUACCCAUCUGGAUGAUGGAGACAAUGUGCUCAAGAAAAUGGCAACUUGGCGUUGCUUUCAUUCCAGCUAGUGUCUCUUAUCUGAUUGGAACUAAUAUUUUUGGGGUCCUUGCACACAAAAUAGGACGGUGGCUUUCUGCUCUAAUUGGGAUGGUAGUAGUGGGAAUAAGCAUUUUGUGUGUACCACUUGCAAAAAACAUAUAUGGACUCAUAGCACCAAAUUUUGGAGUUGGUUUCGCUAUUGGGAUGGUGGAUUCUUCAAUGAUGCCUAUUAUGGGUUACCUUGUGGAUCUGCGGCACGUUUCAGUCUACGGGAGUGUUUAUGCAAUAGCAGAUGUUGCAUUUUGCAUGGGAUUUGCUUUAGGUCCUUCUGUUGGUGGUGCCAUUGCAAAGGCAAUUGGGUUCCCAUGGCUCAUGACCAUAAUAGGAAUCAUUGACAUCCUCUUUGCUCCUUUGUGUUUGUUCCUACGUAGUCCACCUGCAAAAGAAGAAAAAAUGGCAAUACUCAUGGACCACAACUGUCACUUUAAAACCAAAAUGUAUACACAGAACAAUAGCCAGUCCUAUCCAGUAGGUGAUGAUGAAGAAUCGGAAAGUGAUGAGUAAUAUCCAAAAGCCACAAAAGUAUUUUGGUGUAUACAAGUGUUUCCUGUAAAACAUCUCAUCAAAUUUUAGUUGUACUAUAGUUUUAAUUGUGAAAUAGUAACAAAACUAAACCAAAGGUAGCUUAUCUGUUGUCCAUGAUUAUGAAGCAAAAUGCCUACUGCCUUAUAAAGAAAAAUAAGCUUUUUAAGGACUUUGUAUAGUGUUAAAAUUGUUCAUUUACUUUUAAUAUUAUAUGCUAUAUUUUUGAUUAAAUGACUUGUGGAAAUAUCUAUAAAUCAAGAUCCAUGCCUUUAAAAAUGUUUAUUCAUGUGGAAAUGUCUAUAAAUCAAGAUCCAUGCCUUUAAAAAUGUUUAUUCAUGAACAAUUUCCUUAUUCCAUAUUUACAUUUGACUUAAAAAGGAGCAAUGAGUGCCUGAAACUAGCAGCUGUAAACUGACUGUAUAUUAAAAUAUGAUCCAA